AUAGCAAAGCGUACAAAGUCAUAAGGUUAGCAGCUACCCUACCCAAUACCUAUAGAGUCUAUUCAUUAUGGGCAACUUCUUAGGCAUCUCAGAUUUUAAAAAGGUAGCAUCUUGUUCUUUCAUAGAGAAUUUCUGAGUUUUAGGAGACGGCUGACCCACCUUGUUCUAAGGUGAAUCCGCCUCUACCUCCAAUUGUAUAAUAACAUGCCGGUCACAUUCAAAAAUCUCUCCUUAAUUUCAGGCAGGGCCAUGUCAACACUACUGUCCGCUUCAACAGAUGUUCACGCUGCAUGCGACUGUCAGGACACGUACAGACACCUUCCCUGCCACGUGCUCCCCCACGUGUCAACUCAAAUCUCCUAUUUAACAUCCUUGUCAAAUUCUUGUACAACCAUUGCAUAUGUGCUUUCCCGUUUAGCUUCCUCCUCAUCAAGAACCCUAAAGCAGAUCUUCACCAGCAUUUUAUUUGUGUCUUCCCAAACCCUACAUCCAAAGUUACUGUCCAGCAACUUCUUUGAAGAGUCCUCUGAGAGUUUUGAGAACAAUGGCUUCUGGUGGAAAGCAGCAGUUCCCUCCUCAGAAACAAGGAGCUCAGCCUGGCAAAGAACAUGCCAUGGACCCCACCCCUCAGUUCACCAACCCUGAUUACAAACCCUCCAACAAGCUCCAAGGGAAAGUAGCGCUAGUGACGGGUGGGGACUCUGGGAUAGGGAGAUCUGUGUGCCAUCUCUUUUCUCAAGAGGGUGCAACCGUGGCCUUCACAUAUGUGAAGGAACAAGAGGACAAGGACGCACAAGACACAAUCCAAAUGAUCAAACAGGCCAAGACUUCUGAUGCCAAGGAACCCAUGGCCCUUGCAGCCGAUCUCGGAUACGAUGAAAAUUGCAAGAAUGUUGUUGAGAAAGUCGCAGCUGCAUACGGCCGCAUUGAUAUUCUGGUUAACAAUGCGGCUGAGCAGUACAAAGCAAGCUCCGUGGAAGAGAUUGAUGAGCCCCGUUUGGAGAGGGUCUUUAGAACCAACAUAUUUUCUUACUUCUUCACGACCAGGCAUGCGUUGAAGCACAUGAAAGAAGGAAGCUCCAUAAUCUGCACGACAUCAGUCAAUGCAUACAAAGGAAACGCCGAGCUGCUUGAUUAUACUUCCACCAAGGGGGCCAUUGUGGCAUUCAUAAGAGGACUGGCAUUGCAGCUGGUAAACCGAGGCAUUCGAGUCAACGGUGUAGCUCCGGGACCAAUAUGGACCCCAUUGAUUCCGGCAUCUUUUGAUGAGGUGGAGGUUUCACAAUUCGGCAACCAAGUGCCAAUGCAGCGAGCCGGGCAGCCAUGUGAGGUCGGGCCAAGCUACGUCUUCCUCGCUUCCAAUGCCUUCUCUUCUUACUACACCGGCCAAGUCCUCCAUCCUAAUGGUAACGAUUUCUUACUAAUCAAAUGUAUUUUGGGCGGUGUUUACGCUACAUUUUUAUGUACGAGAACACUUUUUUUUUUUUUUUUUUUUUUUUUUUUUUUUAACGAUCUUUGGAAUUUUGCAGGUGGAACUGUUGUAAAUGCUUGAUUGGGUUUUGUGGAGGAUUCUCUCGGCUGGUGUUUUUUUUUUUUUUUUUUUUGGGUGUGUUUUGGGUCAUGAAAUGGUUUGUGUACGUCUGCUGUACGCAACAGCUGAGGAAGAGGACUUCUAAGAGUUUCAGAUGUCCAAUAUUGUGUGAAGUUCAUAAAUAAAUGAGCAUGUCUUUUUGCUAAUAAAGCAUGGAACAAAUUCUGUACCGUUUUCUGAUGAGUUGGGUUAAGUUGGAGCGAUCCUUAACAAUCCCACAUCACCGAUAUACAACCCGUUACAAGGUAGAAACCCAUUAGAAUGGGUUGGAUUCGCAGAAUGGGUUGGAUUCUCAGAAUCCGCGUUUAAUCGUUCCAAACUCUCCGGACCAUGGCUCCAAUAUACAACCGGUUAUAUAACAGAAUCCAGCCCAAUAUACAACUGGUUAUAUAACA